AUGACAUUCGGACCGUGUACAUUUAAAAGCACUGAUAAUGACGCUGUGCCACUAUACCUCUCCGAGAUGGCUCCAUACAAAUACAGAGGAGCUUUAAACAUUGGUUUCCAGCUCUCAAUCACAAUCGGAAUCCUCGUCGCCGAAGUUCUCAACUACUUCUUCGCCAAGAUCAAAGGCGGCUGGGGAUGGCGGCUCAGUCUCGGAGGCGCGGUGGUUCCCGCCCUGAUCAUAACCCUCGGCUCCCUCGUCCUCCCUGACACUCCCAAUUCGAUGAUCGAGCGAGGCCAACACGAGGAGGCUAAAACCAAGCUCAGGCGAAUCCGAGGCGUCGAUGACGUAAGUCAAGAGUUUGACGAUUUAGUCGCCGCUAGUAAAGAGUCGCAGUCGAUAGAGCAUCCGUGGAGAAACCUCCUCCGCCGCAAAUACCGCCCUCAUCUCACCAUGGCGAUUAUGAUUCCCUUCUUCCAGCAGCUAACAGGAAUCAACGUGAUUAUGUUUUACGCUCCGGUUCUGUUCAACACCAUCGGUUUCACGACCGAUGCUUCUCUCAUGUCCGCCGUGGUCACCGGCUCGGUCAACGUCGCUGCAACGCUCGUCUCGAUCUACGGCGUUGACAGGUGGGGACGUCGGUUUCUCUUUCUUGAAGGCGGUACACAAAUGCUCAUAUGCCAGGCUGUGGUUGCUGCAUGCAUCGGGGCCAAGUUCGGGGUAGACGGGACCCCUGGUGAGCUACCAAAGUGGUAUGCUAUAGUGGUUGUAACUUUUAUAUGCAUCUACGUGGCGGGUUUCGCGUGGUCAUGGGGUCCGCUAGGGUGGUUAGUACCGAGUGAGAUCUUCCCGUUGGAGAUAAGGUCGGCCGCACAGAGUAUCACGGUGUCGGUGAACAUGAUCUUCACGUUCAUAAUCGCGCAGAUCUUCUUGACAAUGCUUUGCCAUUUGAAGUUUGGGUUAUUCCUCGUAUUUGCCUUCUUCGUGGUGGUGAUGUCGAUCUUCGUAUACAUUUUCCUUCCCGAGACGAAAGGGAUUCCGAUAGAGGAGAUGGGUCAAGUGUGGAGGUCACAUUGGUAUUGGUCAAGGUUUGUGGAGGAUGGUGAGUAUGGGAAUGGGCUCGAGAUGGGCAAGAGCAGCAACCAAGGAACUAAACAUCUUUAUGGAUCAUUUGAAGUGGUGAAAAAGCGUUCAUUGAAUCCAUUGACGAGCUGA